AUGAUACCUGGGUCUGCCGCAUCAAUGCUACCAUCUGCAGAAGCGGCGAAACUGUACCAGACCAAUUACGUCCGCAACUCCCGUGUCAUCGGACUUUUAUGGGCCAUCUUUACUAUCCUGUUCGGUAUUGUUAACGUGACCAUCUUCUCGCAGCCCUAUUGGAUUGGGGAUGGCGUGGACACGCCGCAGGCCGGCUACUUCGGCCUUUUCCACUAUUGCAUCGGAGACGGACUCUCCAGAGACCUGGCCUGCCAGGGUAGCUUCACCGAGUUCUCCGCUAUCCCCUCCGGUGCGUUCAAGGCCGCCUCCUUCUUCAUCGGAAUGUCCAUGAUGCUCGUCGUCACCUGCAUCGGCUGCUUCAGUCUCUUCUUCCUCCUCAGCACCUCCACCGUGUACAAGAUCUGUGGCUGGAUGCAAGCGGCGUCAGGUGUCUGUUUGGUCCUGGGUUGUAUGAUCUAUCCUGAUGGCUGGGACAGCGACGAGGUCCGGCGGAUGUGCGGAGAGCAGACGGACAAAUACAGCCUGGGGGCCUGCUCAGUGCGCUGGGCCUACAUCUUGGCUAUAAUGGGCAUCCUGGACGCCCUCAUCCUCUCUUUCCUGGCCUUCGUCCUGGGGAACCGGCAGGACGGACUCAUGUCAGAAGAGCUGCUGGCUGAAAGCAAGGGUGAGACUGUACUAUCGAAUCUGACAAAAUUUUCUGGAUCACUAUUACAGGUCUACACAGGGAGAUACUGUGAAAAGGCCUGCGUCCAGACAGGCAUGGACAUCCAGCAGCCCACUAAAGAGAAGUGGGGAGAAAGAACGAGAAGGAAGGAGAGAAGGGAAUGA